GGUUGUCAUUUAAAUUCGUGCAAUGACGCGAGUAGACACGCCACUUCAAACUAUUUCUGUGAAACCAAAAAGUGCCAAUUUAUCACGUUUUCUAACAAUUAUUUGCCUAACUUUGGUCGCACUUCUAACGUAUUUCGUUUGUAAAGGACCCCUAGAUAUAUUGGGGGAUCCGUCAGACCAAUUUCUUGUUAGAAAUAUACCAAAAACUUAUACCAGGUUGGAAGAAAUUGAUGCAGAAGACCGUGAAGUGUUUCAUGAGUUUCGGACGUCGUUCCUGCCCUUUGAGGAGGAUAUAAUUUCUAGUCAGUUUGAUAGUACAGUGGAAAGUCACGAAAAUGUUGAUAAAUAUCCCCAAGUACCAAAUCGUAGAGAUCAUUUGUCGAAACGAAGCAAACGAAAGAUACAGCUUUCCCAUUCAGCUGAAGAUUAUAAUGAUGGAAAACCUCGGAACCUGAAGACAGAAGAUGACAUCGAGACAGAUAGCACGAAAGAGAGUGAAAUAGAAGAAGCAUUUGAUCCCAACGAGAAUAAUAAGGAAGAUGGAACUUUACACAACGCAGCCCAUCCCGAAUUAUAUGUUGACCGAGGCCCUCUGGAUGACGUUGAACAGGUCCGGAGAUUGCCGGAACUCGAGGAAGGUGAAAUGAGUGCUGCAGCGUUUGCUUUCAAGCCAGUUACUUCGUACACAGGUGUGCACGCGUUUUGGAAAGGACAAGGUGAUAAAGAAACAAUAAGGAAUACACAAGCAAAAAUCAUGAAACACUAUAUGGACGCAGAAGCAGACCCAUGUCAUGAUUUCUUCCAAUACGCUUGUGGAAACUGGGCACAACUUAAUCCAAUACCACCAGAUAAAGCUGGUUAUGACACCUUUGAAAUGUUAAGAGAAAACUUAGACGUUGUUCUUCGGGAUCUUCUUGAGUUAAAAAAUGAUGAAUUCGUCUCAUCUAAUUAUCCUGGAGGGCACUUAAAUAUAGAUCAAUCAUUCGUCAAUGAUUUAAGUCAACCACGAUGCCAAAAUAAUGUUUCAACUGUAGACACCACAAGUGAGAUAGCAGAAAACUAUGAUGAUUUAAAAAGAAAUCAGAAGAACAAUAAAUCUGAAAUUAUCAAUCGUAUUAAGAGAUAUCUAGAUAAUAAAGUAAAUCAUAAGAAUAAUGGUGCAUCAGAAGUCAAGCUAAAUAAAAAGGAGGAUUUAUGCUAUUCUAAAAAACAUCCAAGAUCAUUUCAGCGAAAAGGAAAAAAAAAUCUAAAUAAUAAAGUCAAACGGAUUGAAGGAACUAAAACUAAGCGUCAAAAAAGAUAUAUAUGGCAUGGACCGAAGCUAUUAGGUUUGAAAAAAGAUACAAAACCGCAAAGGUUUAUUAGGGACGUAAAUUUCCUUUUUCUGAAAUUCAGCAGAGGACCUCACGAUGAUCCAGCUCAUGGAGAUGCUACUUUAAAAGCUAGAUAUUUAUUCAAGUCCUGCAUGAAUCAUGACAUAUUACAUCGCAGGGGACAUCAACCGUUAUUAGACUUACUGGAACUAUUUGGAGGCUGGCCCAUCAUAAAACCGACCUGGAACAAUAAACAUUUUGACUGGCUAGAACUUAUGGCAAAGUUAAGACUGUUUAAUAAUGAUAUAUUAAUAUCCCAAUGGGUUGGACCAGAUAUUAGAAAUUCAAAUGAAAAUGUUAUUCAGUUUGAUCAAACAAGUCUAGGAUUACCAACACGUGAUUAUUUUCUUCAAGGCUCCAAUAAGGUUUAUUUAGAUGCAUACAAAAACUACUUAAUGAAAAUAGCAAUCUUGCUUGGGGGUGAAUCAAAACAUGUCAAACAAAGCGCUGUAAAAAUAAUAGAGUUCGAGAAACAAUUGGCUAAAAUAACUUCAGCUCCAGAAGACAGACGUAAUGUAUCUGAACUUUACCGUCGGAUGCCUUUAUCAAAGUUGAGUGUUUUGGUACCAGAGGUUGAUUGGAGAAGGUACUUGUGCAUUGUGAUGAAAAGAAACGUAGAAAAUGAUGAAACUGUGGUCCUUUUUGCUCUCAACUACGUUCAACACUUAGUGCAAUUGAUAAAGAAGACGGAGGCCGGUACGCUGGCCAAUUAUCUCCUUUGGCGAUUUGUGAGGCACCGAGUGAAUAACCUGGACGAUCGAUUCCAAUCUGCCAAACAGCAGUUUUACUUCAUACUAUUUGGAAGAGAGCAAGCGCCGCCUAGAUGGAAAAACUGCAUAUCACAAGUAAACUCGAACAUGGGCAUGGCUCUAGGCUCAAUGUUUGUCCGCAAAUAUUUUGACGAGAAAAGCAAAAACGACACAUUGAAAAUGACAAGGGAAAUCCAACAGUCUUUCAGAGAUUUACUCCACAAGACAAACUGGAUAGAUGACGAGACGAAAAAGCUAGCGGCACAUAAGGUGGACUCUAUGAUGCUGCGGAUAGGCUACCCUGGUUUCAUUUUGAAGAAACGUGACCUAGACGAAAGAUACAAGGAAGUUAGAAUUCACCCGGACAAAUAUUUCGAAAAUAUAUUGAACAUAUUGCAGCAUUUGACCAAGAUGGAACAGGCCAGGAUAGGUCAGCCCGUGAACAAAACUCUGUGGAACACAGCACCGGCUGUAGUAAACGCAUAUUACAGUCGAAACAAAAAUCAAAUUAUGUUUCCCGCUGGUAUUCUUCAGCCGCCGUUCUAUCAUAGACACUUUCCGCGUUCGCUAAACUUUGGCGGAAUUGGUGUUGUGAUUGGUCAUGAAAUUACUCAUGGAUUCGACGAUAAAGGACGCCUUUUUGAUUGCGAGGGCAACUUGCAUCGUUGGUGGUCAGACCCUGCUAUAGAAGCUUUCCAUAAACGAGCUCAGUGCCUCAUCGAUCAAUAUGGACGAUAUAUUGUACCUGAAGUCAACAUGAAACUUGACGGUAUUAACACUCAGGGUGAGAACAUUGCCGACAACGGUGGGGUGAAGCAAGCAUUUCACGCCUAUCUGAACUGGCUCCAAGGACAUGACGCAGAAGACGAAACACUCCCGGGGCUCAAUCAUACACGCACACAAUUGUUUUUCCUGAAUUUUGCGCAGGUGUGGUGCGGCGCAAUGCGACCAGAAGCGAUGCGGAAUAAACUAAAAACUGCAGUUCAUUCACCAGGACGCUUCAGAGUAAUUGGAACCCUAUCUAAUUCAGAAGAUUUCGCACGGGAAUUCAAUUGCCCACCCGGUUCACCAAUGAACCCUUCUCAAAAAUGUAGUGUCUGGUGAAAAAUAAUUCCUGUUUCAUUAUUUAAUAUCAUUUCUUUGAAUCGUAUGUACGCAACAAUUAUAUUAUUUUUAAGUGCUUAUGUUUGAUAAUAUUAACUUUAGAUUUUAUAUGAUUUAAUUGAAAUAUAUCUUAUGUUUGUA